UGAAGUCGUGUACGCAUGACUGGAAGUGCCGGUGGAAACAUGGCUACUGGCGACGCAAAAGACAGCAAAGAAAUUCCACCGGGAACUAGAGUGGUUUGUACCACUUACUUUGAUGACAACAUCGAAGGAGAAGUUGUGGCUUUCGACUACGGAGCAAAGCUUUUAAUAAUAAAAUCCUCCAAAAAUCCUAGGAAAAAUGUGACAGAUACUAGGAUGUUGAACUUGGCUCACAUAAAGACACUGAAUGUGACAGAAGUGUCCAACAAGCCACCUCCUUCUCUUCCAAGCAUAGAACUCGAGAAAAUUGAUAAAAAGAUUGCAUCAGCUCUUGAGCAGAAACGACGAGCAGUUGAGAAAAUAGGUAUUAAUGUAACACCAGGAGCACAAAAGCUAUUCGACACCAUAAACAAAACAAUUAAUGAUGUAAAGUGGAAUGGGAAAAGUAUCGUGGUCAUGAAUGAAGUAACAAUUGAUCCGCCUUACCAAGAGAGUGACUGUCGUGGAAAUGAAAAAUCUCGUGAACACAUCAUCAAGAUUGUCAGAAAGCAUAAUGAAGAAGAAAGCAACCAGCCAGGAUAACGGUAUAAACUCACCCAGCUGCUGAAAAAUAAAAAAAAAAAAGUGUUUACAAAUGAGGAAGGGAUGAAGAGUUUCCACCACAGUCCUAAUGCCAGGGUUGCUUGUUUCUGGUAGCUGGCUGACUGUCACGCAUACAGACAGGCCCCAAAUGAAGAGGGCAUCACACGUGUUGAGGAGAAGAAGUACCACAAGUGUGAGGUAUUCCCUCCAUAUAGAGCCCAGUGUGGAAACCAGUGCUUGCUGAUGUCCAUGGUCACUUGGUUUGCUCUUGUGGAUGGGAGUAACAGCUAUGCGAAAUACACUGAAUUUUUUUUUUUUAAGUUGUGGUGCCUCUUCAUAUGAACCUGGCUCAGGCUGGUUUUGUAUCCCACAUCCUGCCACAGCAAUAAUCUGUGAUAUCCCCUUAUUGUACUUUGUACACUAGCCUGUUUCUGUCAGGUUCCUUCACUGAAGUCUCCAUUUCCCACUUAUAAAAUUUACCACACAUUUAUUAUUUAGUUAUUGUUUUUCUUGCAGGGAGGGGGGAGUUGCCUGUAGGCUGUCUUGGGCACAGGAUUCAUAUGAAGAGGCCCUUGCUGUAUAUAGUGUUUUACUUCUUGACAGUGAUGUCAAAGGUAGCAUCCCUGAUGUUGCUUCUUGGGAAGACGUUGAAAUCACUGUCAAGGUGUUGUUGAGAGUUACUCAAUCAAUUAAAUCAUUUUUAGGACACCUUUCUGCAUGUUUUCUUUCUGCAUCUACCUUGUAAGUAAAUUUUUAUUCUUAAUAGCUUGACCCUUUGAAACAAAAGAGACUAGCAACUAAUUUCUCAACACAAUAUUACCCCUGAAUCAAACAGUAAGGUUGCAAGAACUUAGGAAACGAUCACUAAAGAAGAUCUUGAUUGUUUGACAAAUUCUCCUUGUCAGCACCUCAAGAAAGUUAUAGUGAACAGUAUGGAGAAUAUACAUACUGAUGCUAGGGUGUAUAGUUAUGUUGAGAAAUUUGUGGGUUUUUCUGGAGGAUGGGAUUGAUUUUCUUGAAAAGAAGGUGGUGAAUUUGCCCUAGUCAGAACUUGGUGACAAUUUCACACUGAAUCAACCCAGCAGACAAACCAACUGAUUUUCUUUUCCACUGCAAAACAUUUUGAGAGUACGUUUAUGGCAUUACAGACAGGAAUACUAGCUUGUUUUAACAAAGAAUGUCCUCAAAACAUCUGCAAAUUGCCAUUUUGAAUUCAGUGAUAGGGAAAUAAAUAGCUAGUAUGUGGCUCCUUAAUCAAAGUUUUCUCAAUUUUCACCAUGAUAGGUUUAUUUUUAGACAACAAUCUUGGAAAAGGGGCAUCAUUUGUUUUAGAAAUUCUGGAUGAAUGAACAACUGAAUGAGGUGUGUCUGUGAAUAAAAAUGUAUUUGAAGAAA